CCCGGUGGCUCUUAUGGGAAUGAAACACUCCUCCCGCUGUUUGCUCCUACGGAGGAAAAUGGCGGAACCGGACAGCCCUGAGCAGCAGCCCCUCAGCUCAGCACCAUCUCAUUCAGCACAACCUUCUCCUUUGCCUAAACCAGUGCCCUCGGUCAACCAUGCCCCACGGCCCACACACCCCUCACACAACGCACACACUCCCCACGCAGCAUCUCUGCUCACCUGCCCCGGCCGAGGAAAGAUGGCCAAGUUUCUUAAUCCAGAAGAGAUGACUUCCAGAGACUACUACUUUGACUCCUACGCUCACUUCGGCAUCCAUGAGGAAAUGCUGAAGGACGAGGUCAGGACUCUGACCUACAGAAACGCCAUGUACCACAACAAACAUGUAUUCAAGGACAAGAUUGUGCUCGAUGUAGGGAGUGGUACUGGCAUCCUGUCCAUGUUUGCUGCCAAGGCCGGUGCCAAGCACGUGUACGGGAUUGAAUGCUCCAGUAUAUCAGAGUACUCUGAAAAAAUCAUCAAAGCCAAUCACCUGGACAAUGUUAUCACCAUCUUUAAAGGAAAGGUAGAGGACACAGAGCUGCCAGUGGACCAGGUGGACAUAAUUAUUUCAGAAUGGAUGGGCUACUGCCUUUUCUAUGAGUCCAUGCUCAAUACUGUCAUCUAUGCCAGAGACAAGUGGCUGAAACCUGGUGGCCUGAUGUUUCCAGACCGAGCUUCUCUCUAUGUUGUGGCCAUCGAGGACAGGCAGUACAAGGACUUCAAGAUUCACUGGUGGGAGAAUGUCUAUGGCUUUGACAUGACCUGCAUCAGAAAUGUAGCAAUGAAAGAGCCACUGGUUGAUAUAGUGGACCAAAAGCAAGUGGUGACCAACGCGUGCCUCAUCAAAGAGGUAGACAUCUACACGGUGCAGCCAGAGGACCUGUCCUUCACUUCAGCCAUCUGUCUGCAGAUCCAGAGGAAUGAUUAUGUCCACGCACUCGUCACCUACUUCAACGUCGAGUUCACCAAGUGUCACAAGAAGAUCAGCUUCUCCACAGCACCGGAUUCUCCCUACACGCAUUGGAAGCAAACAGUUUUUUACCUCGAAGAGUAUCUGACUGUGAAGAAGGGAGAAGAGAUUGUAGGCACAGUCACCAUGAGGCCCAAUGAAAAUAAUGCACGUGAUUUGGACUUCACGUUUGAGCUGGAUUUUAAGGGUCAGCUAUGUGAAGCAGACAUCUCUCAUGACUAUAAGAUGCGUUAAGCGUCCAGCAGGGGGCGAAAAAGUGCCCGAGUACCACCAUGGGGACCGAGGAAGUGGCACUUCCCCAUCCGCAGUGCCAGAGACCAGCACAGAGGCUGAGUGCUUAAUAACCUGGGGCACGACUCCGCUCAUCUUUGAGAGAUGUGCUAAUAUUUCUGGAGCUGAGUGCCUCUCUGAGCAGUAGCAUCCUUGCCAUGGCCAAUAACAGCGUGCACUAGUCCAAUAUUUCUGACUGUUCAUAAGGCAACUUUGAAUGUACUGCUAAUCAAGCUCAAGAAUGUUACUAUCCUCAUGAAUGUGAAGAGUCAGUUUACAGUUUCUUUUGGAAAAGAGUCAGUGGAACAUUAAAUUGUGGUUCUAGUGAGAGUCUAAAGAUAAAGAUGUUAGCUUAUUUUAGCUGUAUUUUCAUUUGUGGUGUAAAAUCAAGAUGCUAGGCCAUUUUACUUUAAGCACUAAUCUACUAAUAUACUGCACUACAAUAGAGUAUUUUAGCAGAAUUAGAUGUGCAAUCAAGUGGAACACACUAAUGCAGAGCUCUCAAAUUUAAGGGUUAUUUAUAUAUACAAGUUUUGUUCAAGAAAAUUCAUUACAGUAGCUAUUAAACAUACAGUAUUUAGGUGAAUUAGAAAUAAUGAUAGCACAUUUAUUAACUUUUCUUUCUACUGUGCAAUAUGUAGUGAGUGUGAAGGUGUCUUGUUCCGCAGUGUCAAUAUUUGUUAUAAUGCAAAAAUUGUUACAUAUCCAACUACAACUACCAACAGAUCAGGGUAUGAGAAAUGGACAGUGAAUGAGAACAAACCAGAUUGGGAUCAUGCAGAAGUCUUUCAGUACAGCAGGAUGUGUGUGUGUGUAUUCACCUGUGCUCUUACUGAAAUCAUCACCUCCUCACCUUCUGUCCUGCUUCAAUCCAAAGUUAUU